AUGCCAGAUAAACUGGAUGGACUGACUGGCUCCUGUGUGCAAAUCCCAUGUUCAUUUCAUAUUCCUGGCCAAAAUAAGGAUACAUUUAACAGCACAAUCCUAACCUCUGGAGUCUGGACUAAAGAAUCCCCAUACUUUGAUGUGUGUCCUGACAGGGUGAUAUUUAACAGUAGUGAGACGGUCAACAGAUUUCAAGGGAAGAUAACUGGAAACAUGUCUCAGAAUAACUGCACCACAGUCUUCUUCAAUGUAACCACCAGUUACACUAAUAUAUACUUCUUCAGGAUUGAGAGUCAACCAUUCCGUGCAACAGACACUGGAAAGUCUGUUGAUAUAGAUGUCAGGGAUUUGCCUUCCAGUCCCAUCAUUACUGUCUCAGGUGAGAUGAAGGAAGGGGCCUCUGUCAGUUUUAACUGCUCUGCUGUCGCUCCCUGUCCUGAACACCCCCCUGAGCUGACAUGGACUCUCCCAACACAGUUCACAACUGAGAACCAACUGCAGGAGAAUCCAGACCAAACCAAAUCAGUUCUCUCCACGGUGACCUUCACUCCGUCAUACCUUCAUCAUGAGAAGAACAUCACUUGUACUGCAGUCUACCCAGUAGGGGCAAGCAACAAGACAGCUGAACAUAACAUGAUGCUUAAUGUUUCAUUCUCUCCUAAGGACACCUCGGCCUCCAUCAGUCCAGCUGAUCCAGUAUUAGUGGGCAGCUGUGUUAAUCUGACCUGCAGCAGUACAGCCAACCCUCCAGUGACAUCCUUCACCUGGUUCAAGAUCAGUGGAGAUAAACCAACACAGGUAGCAUCUGGACUGAGUUACACCCUCAAUGUGACGGCUGUUGAUGGAGGACUGUACUUCUGUGAAGCAAGAAAUAGUCACGGCUGUGGCAAGUCAAAGGAAGUGCAGCUGGCUAUUAAAGGUAAAACGGGCACGUCGAGCACAAUCAACUCCCCGGUUGGGACGGUGUGUGCUAACCAGGCCAAAGCCGGAGAGGAACCAGAGGAACCUGCAGAAAACCAGUCUGAAGAGAUCCAAUAUGGUGACAUAGACUUCUCCAAACUACGGCCCAAAGACACCCCAGCUGCAGCCCAGGACAGGGUCCAGGGACAGGAGAGUGCGUACGCUGAAGUCAACGUGACCAGGAGAGGGGCCCAGGAACCACCUCUUAACAACCUAGAUGGACUUUAUGCACAACCCAAGGUCUUCUGGGAGAAGGAGACCCAGGAGCUGAGGGUGUACUUUACCCAGCAGGUGAGAGCUGACUUCCCCCAACAGGUGGAGGGAGAGCUGAAGGCUCUGGAGGACAGGGUCAGGAAUUAA